AUGGCUGGUGGUGGACAUGAGCGGUGGUGGGAAAGCCUGAGGGAAGAAGAGGACAUGAUCUCACUUGAGCCUCUAUGCCUCCUUCCUUAUGAGCCUUUCGAACUUCCUGCGGAUGAGAACGUGCAAACGAUGAGAUGGUUCGACGGCAAGGUUCUGGCAAAUUAUUUGUUGUCAACCUUGAACUUCAAGCACCCUGCGAAUAGAAGAGACUUGUGCAGAGAGGAAUGCGUGAGGUUGGACGAUUAUCUUGCUCGCUUGAAGCUAGAUGAGCCCAGGGUUACACGUGCGUUUGACCUCCGUGCGGAUAUCCUUGCCCAACGUGCUUCAGAGGAGCAGAGAGAAGCCGCUAGGAGGAUGCAGCAUGACGCUAGAUCUAUACUGAGUUCGUUUUACGGCUCCACAAGUUACAGGAGUCACCGUGGGAGACAGAGAGUGCAACACUUUGAUGUCGAGAACCAGGAUGCUGGUCAAAGAGUGAUCGACGACGACGAAGAAGGUCAGCCCGACAGGCAGAAAGGAAGUGUUGCCAGAGAGGACAUGGAGAAGCUCCUGCUGUGGUUCAAUGCCGCAACUCAUGCCAGUGCGGACGCUCUGAGCCUCAAAUUCCCACCAGCGCUAUCGAACCAUGAACGAAUGCUUGUACAUAAGUUUUCAGAAGCCAAUGGAUUAUUCAGCGCGUCAGAUGGUCUUACUUCAACCAGCUACGGGAAGGAAAGGUUCAUCAAGAUUUUGGGCAGACGAAGGCAAAAUGAACAGUGCGCGACCGCGCUGAGCUCAAAAGAGAAGAAGAUUGUGGAUCAACUCACAUUGUGGGCAAACAGAGAAUCUCAAGAACUCCGAGGGAUCAGUAGAAACUCGGUGGCAGAAAUGAUCCAGCAGAACUCGCUGCAUCCUGAGCUGAGAAAGAUCAAGGCGAAGCACGAGAGAGCGGCUCUUCUGUGUGAAGCAAUCCAUCGAAAGAAGCUCGAGAUGGCAGAGACGAUGUUGAGAGAGGACCCUUCUCUUGCUGAAUGCGCCUGCAGCGAGACCGGUGAAAUCCCUUAUCAUGCGGCAAUGGCGACAGGAUUGCUUCCGUUGGUGAAGCUGAUGAAACAACUACUCAACGAAUCCGCCGUCGAGGAGAAGGAACCGGCACAUGACAGUCGAUUUUGCUAUGCCUUGAUAUCUUUACCGCACUUGACCAGACAGCUGGAUUACCUGCUCAAGCCAUGA